AACAAACAAAAAAAUGUUAUAAACUUAAUUAUACCUAUAUAUAAUAACAGUUUCAGUUACUUUACUCCGUUCAUCUUUUGUUUUCUUUUUCUUCGAUUCUCAAAUCAAUAAAUAUUUAUAAGGUGGUCUUGUGCAGAGGUUACAUGCAUUUUGUAUUGAAAAACCAAACUUUACUUCCCGAGAAACUUUUUGACAAUCAAGAAGAUCGUUUCUACUUCUCUCUGUUCUUCAAAGCUUGAAGCUUUUCCUCUGUUUCUUGGCGUGGAAAGAAAGAGAUGGCUAUACAAGCUCAUUUGAAUUUCAACGCUUCCAACGUGAACCAAAUCGGGUUCGGUACUGGUGGGUCUGAGUUUUCGUUGAUCAACAACAAUGGCGGAAUCGGGAUGGAAGAGUUGUUGUAUAUGAACAACCAACAUACUCUGUUUCAUCAUCCUCAGAGCUUCUUAAACGUUCAUAUGGAGAAACAGAGGCAAGAGAUCGAUCACUUCAUCAGAAUACAGAGCGAGAGGUUGAGAUACGUGUUGCAAGAACAGAGGAAGCAAGAGAUGGAGACGUUACUGAGGAAGAUGGAGACAAAAGCUUUGGUUUUGAUGACGCACAAGGAAGAAGAGAUGUCGAAAGCAUUGAGCAAGAACUUGGAGCUCGAAGAUCUGUUGAGGAGAAUGGAGAUGGAGAAUCAAACGUGGCAGAGGAUGGCUCGGGAGAACGAAGCAAUGGUCGCAACGCUUAACUCGACGCUAGAACAGGUUCGAGAGAGAGCCGUGACGUGUCACGACGGCGAAGAGGCGGUGGUGGAGGAUGAAGGGUCGUGCUGCGGAGGUGAUGAUAGUUUUCCGGCGAAGAAGAUGAGUGGUUCUUGUUUGAAUUGUGGGUCUUGUGGAGAGACGAGAGUGUUGUUUCUGCCGUGUAGGCAUCUCUGUAGCUGCACGGGUUGCGAGGCUGGCCUUGUUCUUUGUCCGAUCUGUAGCACUCCCAAGAAGAAUAUAAUCGAGGCCUUUAUUUUCUAGGGGAAAACUGUUUUUCCCGAGAAAAUUGGUGUGUAAUCGGUGGAGAAGCCUUUUAGUCCGGUGAACGGAGAGAUUUUUACAUCGGGGAGAUGAUGUGGCAGGGUAAAAGGGAAAGUUAGACUAGCAGCCAAAUUAAGAAUAGGAAAAAGGUUAUCAAGAAGUAAAUUUCUGAUUAGGGUUUAUUUUUUCUUUCUUUUUUUAUUUCUUUCUUUUGCAUCCAAUGGAAUGUAGAAUCCAGCUGGAUUUUUUUAUGAACAUAAUCCAUAUAUUUCUCUUCUAUUUAAUGUGAUUUAUUUUGUUUCAUUGAUUAACCAAAUUUUCACAAUAUUACUAUUUAU